ACAUUGAUCUGCCUUUUUACAGGCAGACCUUAGUGCCGACAACAGCUAAAGCUUUCAGUUUCCCCCCACACACCCAUAUUAUUCACAAAAUGGAUUCCCAAAGGGAACUCACUGAAGAACUUCGACUUUACCAAUCCACGCUUCUUCAGGAUGGCCUCAAGGAACUCCUGGAUGAGAAAAAGUUCAUUGAUUGCUAUCUAAAAGCUGGUGAUAAAAGCUUACCUUGCCACAGAUUGAUUCUAUCAGCUUGUAGUCCUUAUUUCCGUGAGUAUUUCUUAUCUGAGCAAAGUGAAGAGAAAAAAAAGGAGGUAGUUCUAGACAAUGUGGACCCUAGCAUCCUGGAUCUGAUUGUCAAGUACCUUUACUCUGCAAGUAUUGAUCUCAACGAUUCUAAUGUGCAAGAUAUUUUUGCUUUGGCCAGCCGCUUUCAGAUCCCUUCUGUAUUCACUGUAUGUGUCUCCUAUCUUCAGAAAAGACUUGCUGUUGGUAAUUGUCUAGCCAUCCUUAGAUUAGGUCUCCUCCUUGACUGCCCAAGACUUGCAUUGUCUGCCCGUGACUUUGUGUCAGACCAUUUUGUGCAGAUUUGCAAAGAAGAGGACUUCAUGCAGCUUGCCCCCCAUGAGCUCAUCUCAGUUAUUUCACCUGACAGCUUAAACGUAGAAAAGGAAGAAGUGGUAUUUGAAGCAGUAAUGACAUGGGUCCGAACAGACAAAGAGAACAGAAUAAAGAGCCUGGGAGAAGUCUUUGACUGCAUUCGUUUUCGUCUUAUGGCAGAAAAAUAUUUCAAGGAGCGUGUUGAGAAGGAUGAUAUAAUCAAAAGCAACUCAGAUCUUCAGAAAAAAAUCAAGGUUAUUAAGGAUGCCUUUGCUGGAAAAUUGCCUGAACCUGCUGUAAGCAAAGGAAAGUCAGGUGAAGGGGAAGUAAAUGGUGAUGUAGGGGAUGAAGAUUUACUCCCUGGAUACCUCAAUGACAUUCCGAGACAUGGUAUGUUUGUCAAAGACCUUAUUCUUCUGGUCAAUGACACAGCUGCAGUGGCUUAUGACCCUGUAGAGAAUGAAUGUUUCCUGGCAGCCCUGGCAGAACAGAUUCCCAGAAAUCAUUCCAGCAUAGUCACCAAACAAAAUCAGGUCUAUGUCGUCGGAGGACUGUAUGUGGAUGAGGAGAACAAGGAUCAACCUUUACAGUCAUACUUCUUCCAGCUGGAUAGCAUUGCUGGUGAAUGGAUAGGCCUUCCUCCACUGCCUUCAGCCAGAUGCCUUUUUGGUCUGGGAGAGUCAGACAACAAAUUGUAUGUAAUUGCAGGAAAGGACCUUCAGACAGAGGAGUCUCUGGAUUCAGUAUUGUGCUAUGAUCCUGUGGCAGUAAAAUGGAGUGAGGCCAAAAAGCUUCCACUCAAAGUAUAUGGCCAUGCAACAAUUUCACACAAUGGGAUGAUAUACUGUCUUGGAGGAAAGACUGAUGACAAGAAAUGUACUAACAGGGUAUUUAUAUACAAUCCCAAGAAGGGAGACUGGAGAGAUCUGGCUCCCAUGAAAGUGGCUCGCUCAAUGUUUGCAGUGGCUGUCCAUAAAGGCAAAAUUGUGAUUGCAGGAGGUGUCACUGAAGAAGGCCUUUCAGCCUCUGUCGAAGCCUUCGACCUCACCACUAAUAAGUGGGAGGUUAUGCCUGAAUUCCCCCAGGAGAGAAGCUCUAUCAGUUUAGUCAAUUUGAAUGGAUCCCUGUAUGCUAUUGGCGGUUUUGCUAUGGUUCAACUGGAGUCCAAGGAAUUUGCACCAAAUGAAGUUAAUGACAUAUGGAAGUAUGACGACGAGACGAAAGAAUGGUGUGGCAUGUUGAAGGAGAUUCGCUAUGCCUCUGGAGCCUCCUGCCUUUCGACACGUUUAAAUCUAUUCAAGCUAUCAAAGCUGUAAAUAAAAAGGCUAGGAAAUUAAAUAGGAUGAGGGAGUUCUGAUUAUGGUCAUUUUAUUUUUGUUGCAUAAAAAACAAACUGUACAGAGAUUUAUAGCUAAGUAUCCCUUAAACUGACUGCAGCUGUGUUUUAAAUGGUUACUAAUUUUUUUUUAGAUAAUAAACCAAAACUAACUUUUCGCUCAAGGUUAGAAUCGGAAAUAGUUCUGAUUGACAUUGACUGGAAUUGGUUUUGAAUAAAUGAAGAUAUCAUGUGAAGCUCAA